AUGGAUGAAGAAGCACAUCACCACAAAAACUUGCUUUCUCCAAAUAAUCUAAAGAGUGAUAGCAAGAUGAGUUUUCAGGAAAAGGAGGAGUGGUUACCAAUCCCUGAUGUAACCACACCUUGUGUGAAAGAAAUUGUAAAUUUUGUGGUGAAUCAACACAACAAAGAAAGUGGAGAUGAUCUCGUCCUCAAAGGUGUUAUCAAAGGAUGGUUUAAGGAGUUGAGUGAUGUGAAAACAAAGCAUCGUUUGUAUAUUGAAGCAACAAACAACAAAGGAGUUGUACAACUGUAUGAAGCAAUUGUAUGUGUCAUCGAAAAAGGUGAUAAACAAAGAGUGAGGACACUCCUAUCUUUCCAUGUCGGUUAUUUGGAUGAGAAUGAACAAUUUUGGAUUGAAAUUCCAAAUGUUGAAGAAUCUUGUGUGCAAGAAGUUGCAAAGUUUGCUGUGGCAGAGUAUAAUAAGCAAGCUGAUGAUAAUCUCGUCUACAUUUGUACGACUCAGGGUUGGUAUCAGGAGGUGAAUGCAGAGUAUGGCCUAUUGUUCGAUCUUCGUAUUAAGACGAAGGAUUGUUUCGGACGUGUUCGUGAAUAUAAGGCUUUGGUUUCGGAGGACAGACAACCCAAUGAGAAAAUUCGAAUACUCAUAUCUUUCAAACUUGUACCCAAGAAAAGUUGA